UUGCAUAGCAACACAGUUCUGGAGAAGAUGUUGCAAAGCUCUGUGAAUUUCAAAUUUAUACGAAAGAAAAACGUCUAGGCUAGUUGGUGCAGCUACAUAGAAGAAAGAAGACAUUUCAAUUACUUGUUAACUGAGGAAUUGGCAAGAAGAUAUCCUGAUGACAAAAUCUGGUCGAAAGAAAUGUCUAAGUUUCUCUCCCUUCAGGAGGAGACGACAGGCAGCAAAAGACAGGAGAUUCUGCAUCAUAUGGAUCAACAGGAUGGUGAAUAAACAGGUGGAGAAGCAUAUGGCAGAGGUGCAUUCAGAACUCCAUCUCAUGCAUCGUGCCCUGAGAGAGGAGAUUUGGGAGCAGCUGAGAGAGCUGGUGGCGGACGGAGUGAGAGACAGAUCCCUACAUUACACCAGGCUGAACCGAGAGCAGAGGGUCACAUCAAAGUGGCAAAGGAUAAUAGAGAAAGACUACAAGGAGAAAACCGAGGACGAAAAAGAUGACGCAAAUUCCCUUAAUCUGGAGACAAUGAGCCUCAACUUCUCUGAAACAUCCUCUGAAAGUGACAGCAUCUUCAUAUUGACGAAACCACCAAAAUAUGAGCAGAGGCCAAGGGAAAGCUUGAUCGUUUUGUUGGACGUCUCCAGUAAUGGGGACACCAGCGACGCCUCUAAUGAUACCGACACCAGCUCACAAACAGAUAAUUGGGAACCAGAGAAAAGCCGACAGAUUUCACCAGGUGUUGCCACUGUUGCUGACACCAGCCAGUUGAUGAAGGAAUCAGAUGAGAAAGAAAGCUCAAGGAAUCCUUUUCAUGCAAACAACAGCUUCACGCCCGAGGAACAAAGAUGCGAGGAGACGUGGGUCAGAGUAAAUGGAACAAAAGAGGAGGAGACGUUGCCGACGGAAAGACAUUGGAAGGAAUGGAUGGACAAGCAGGAAAUGAGAGGAAACCAUAACAACAUAAAGCCAGUUGACCAACAGAACACAAAAAAAUCAGGGAGGGGCCGGGGCAGCACCUCCCUUAUCACAGAAACGUGUGAUGCUGCAAGACAUGAAAGAAGUGGACACCGUGAAAAAAAUUAAGACAUAUUUCUCUGAUCUAUUCAAUCCUCAUACAUCUUAUAAAUGGAAGAGAUUCGAAGAUGAGGAUUGACCCACUCCACAGAAAAACAGAAACGGAAAAAAAUCAUUUAUCUUUUUGCCAUGCUUUAUAAGUUUUAUUCAGUAAAUAAAAAAAGAAAUUGUGCAUAA